AAGGUUUUAAAUAAUCACAAUUUCAGGCCAUACCUCACUUCAAAGAGCCUUUUCCAGAACCUUCUCACCCGCCUCUGAUCGACGUGCUCGACUCUACUCCACUCUGCAUGCAGUGACGUCAUCCAUAUGCGACUAGACAAGUCACCAAAACAAACGUGUGGUGUUGUGCUGGAACAAUUUUGAAGCUCUGAAAGAAUUUGCUACAUGAGAUGAUAGCAUGCCUAUUUGCUGGCUUAUCAGCGAAGAGAGUAAUCAUGAUCCCAUUAGACUGCCACAUCUACAGACAGUUGUGCUGGGUCGAGGUCCAGAAACGACUAUUAAGGACAAGAAAUGCUCGCGGCAUCAAGUUGAAUUGAAAGCAGAAUGCAACAAAGGUUAUGUCAAAGUUAAACAGCUGGCAUUGAACCCAACCUCCAUAGACUCUAUGGUUGUUGGUAAAGGUAAUGAGGUCAAAAUGAAGCCUGGACAGCAGCUUCAUAUUGUGAAUCAGCUCUACCCAUAUACUGUACAAUUCAAGGAGGAUCUCACAGGGGACAAUGGCAGCUCCAAAAGACCAAGAGAGCCUUCAGGGGACAGAAUGAGCAAUAGAGAUGCUCCAAGCACAAAAGCAGCCAAAAAAACAGAAAAGGAGUCGGUGCCACCCCAAAAUGAAGAAGCUACAAAAAGCAGACAGGAAGGUUUUGGACAUUGGAGCCAGGGUCUGAAGACAUCAAUGCAAGAUCCAAAGAUGCAGGUGUACAAGGAUGACAAGGUAGUGGUAAUCAAAGAUAAAUACCCCAAGGCUCGUUACCACUGGCUGGUCCUGCCGUGGCAAGCCAUUUCUAGUCUGAAGGCAUUGCGUGGGGAGCACACUGAUCUAUUGAAACACAUGCAGAGGGUUGCUGACCAAAUGGUUCAGCAGUGCCAGCAUGCUGGCUCUCUGCGCUUCCGCACAGGGUACCAUGCCAUCCCCAGUAUGAGUCAUGUACACCUCCAUGUGAUCAGCCAAGACUUUGACUCUCCUGGUUUGAAGAAUAAAAAACACUGGAACUCUUUCACAACUGACUAUUUCAUUGAGUCACAUGAUGUUGUUGAAAUGCUUGAAACAAAUGGAAAGGUCUCUGUCAAAGAAGGCACCAGUGAGCUGUUGAAACUACCUCUCCGAUGUCACGUGUGUCGAAAAGAGCUUCCCACCAUACCAUCUCUGAAGGACCACCUGAAGUCUCACUUCCCCAUCUAAGAAAGCUCAAAGAGAAGCCAAUGCUCUAGAUGUUAUUGAGUUUAACAUAGGACUGAUGUUUGUUGGGCUUCAUUGUUGCCUGUUAAAUCGGAUUCAUUAUUUCUAAAAAAGGUGUUGGACUUUUUUUUUUCUGAAAAAAGUGUUAUAAUAUUACAGAGCCAGUAUGUCAUGUAUAGUUUUUUUCAACCUGUCAUUUUUCAGGUAUAAAUAGAGGCUUAUUACCAAGACACAAGGUAAUUGUGUUUAUUUUUUUAUUUUGCCAAACUCAAUGUUGGCAAUGUAGAACUUGUAAUUUGUUGUUCUCAGAUUGUCCAAGGUUUAAUAUUUUGUAAUAAAUGUUUUCAUAGUUCCCAUACACACUAUCA